AGGCCUCCGGUAAAUCUCUGACUUCAAUGCACUUUCUGCACAACUCCUGUAAACGAAGAUCUAAAGAGAUUGUGCUCAUUUUGUUUUUGGCAGUGCUUUUUAAUAUAUGGGCAUUAGGACCCAAGGGAUACGUGUUUGUCUUUGCUGCUACAUUAUCAGAUGACUGCUCAAAGUACAAGUGCAAACUCGAAAGCGCCACUCAUUUUCCUGGUACGUGAGAUCCCUGAAGAAAGGCAAAAUGAGAGAUCCAGUGAGCGGGUGUACAUAUGAUCGAAUAUAUCAACAUAUCAAGAAGUUUGCCAAAAAUGGUGACAAUUACUGCAAAGAACUCAUAUCUGUCCUUCAGCAGAGAGCUGACCUAGAAAAGAAGUACGCCAAAGGACUCCUCAGACUGGCAAGCAAAAUUACCAAAGCAUCCACCAACAUCAUAAAAAACCCUAUUUUUGAUGGGUGGAACUGCGUCUCUCAAGAAAUGACAUUUACAGCGGAUUUGCACGGGAAAUUAGCCAGUACCAUUCAGCAAGAAGCCAUUAAACCAAUCCGUCAAAUGCUGAAUGAGCACACUAAAAGGAGAAAGUCAGUGGAUAGUGCAGUCGAAAAGUCUUCAAAGCUUGUUAUAGACAACUGGAGUCAACAAAUUAAGAGUAAAAAGAAAUUGAUGAAAUCAACCAAGGACCAUGAAGCUGUCUUUGACUUAGUGGAAAACAACAAACAAAUAGUAUCUGAGAAAGAGAAAAGAAAGCUGCUGAAUAAACUGAAAAAGUCAACAGAGAUACUGACAAAAAUUGAUCAACAGUACUAUGAACUAAAUAGGGCUGGUGAGGACGUCAGACUAAAGUGGGAGUCCAUGUUUGAGCAGUCUUAUCAGGUAAUACAUAAUUUGGAAGAAGAAAAAAUAAAGUUGCUAUGUGAUAUCUUGAAUAAAUACAGCGACCACAUCACUUGUUUUGGAAGAACACUCAUAGAACGUCAAAAGCAAAUUCAUGAAGCUGUACAAAAUGUCAACAUUGAGGAAGAUAUCCAGACAUUGCUGGACAACACAUCUAUUUUAUCAGAUGAAAACAAAAUAGAAUUUCUGCUUACAGAUUAUUAUGAAGAAGAUAGCAAGAACACAAUGGAUAAGGAAAGAAGGAAGACUGCACUAGCGCUGAAACUACAAAGACUUCAAGAUGAUAUAACCAAAGUAAAUAAGGAUAAAGAAGGGUUAGAGAAGAUGAUUAGAACAAGUUUAAAAAGUCCAUCAUUUUCAGAUCCACAGACUGAAGAAAAAACUUUUUCAAUGCUGGAUGAGGCAACACUGAAAUUGAUUCUCUUGGAAUUAAAUUUCUACAAAAUUACAUCAGCUGUGGCGGAAUUAGAAGGAAAUCCCAAACCAUCCCAUCCAUUAAGUGACAGCAUCAUUAAAUGGAAAGAUAAGGAUCAUCAUCACAGUUUGGUGCAGGUAUCACGUCCUACGAAAAUAAAAAAUGUGCAGGCUCACAGAACUUUGACAAACUCGUUAUCUUCAAAUAGCAGAAGAGAUCACCACAGACACAGCUCCCAGCAGAUAUCUGAACCCAUAUACAGUAAUCAUACAAUUAAUUCAAAUCAUUCAGAGCUGGGAGUGGAGCAAUCAGAAGAGGAUGCAAGCUCAGCGGGCUAUCGUAAUUUGGUAGCCAAUCCUAUUCAGGAAAUUGGAACAUGUAAAGCUCUGUACGACUAUCAGGCUGCCAGAGAUGAUGAACUUAACAUGCAGCAAGGUGACAUACUUAUUAUUCACAAAAAGGAUGUGACUGGAUGGUGGUUUGGCAGCUUGCGAGGAAAGAAGGGCAUUUUCCCAGCUACCUAUGUAGAAGAAUUACUCCAAGUGAGAAAAAACAGCUCAGCGGAGGCAUAAAAUGCAAACCCUUGGUGUCACUGAUUUUUGGAUAAAGACAAGGUGGCUUGGCAAAAUGCUGAAAAGACGCUGAAGAAUUAAAUUUCAAUACAAUGUUGUGGAUUUGCACUAGUCAAAAAGUUGAUUCAUAUUUUGGACAAAGACCUUUAUAACAUUAUGAAUAUGCUGACAUAAUUUAUGCAUGUGUACUAAAAAGUAAACACAUUAAUGGGCCAGAAUUUACUGGAGCCAGCGAACAGAUUUGCCUUUCAAUUUCUACACGCUUUUACAUUGGUGUUACUGUAAAUGGAAGAGGGAAACAGCAUCCUCUACAGGACAUGUGGGAUCUAUAUAAACAGGGCAAGCAACUGCACCUCCUUAACCAAUCAGAUUGAAGGGCAGUGCAGUCUGAAAGCAAAAAAGAUUGGAUUGAGAGAAAAAAUCUCCAAUUAAAUUCUGAAUGAAUUAGACAACUGUAAAAGUUAAUUUUCAGUAGCAGUAGUACUUUGUCAGUAGACUUAUCAUGCAAUUAAAAAGGUAUUUAGACUGAAAUUGACAAGCCCUAACUUUGUGGCAUGUUUAGUCUGUAUUUACCAUGGAAGUACAGUAUAAUAUUAUGCUAUUCAACAUAUUUGAAUGGAGGAGCAGACAGCAAGAUGUUUUUGAGGAGCUUACUGAGGAGCGGUGCAUCACGAAUUUUCACAUUUAACCAUGUCAAUGUCAGUGCUUAGCUGAAGUUGCUGUGAAAAUUGUACAUGAAUGAUAGCGAGUGCUUUUAGCCUCAGUUACUUUUACAGUAAAUAAUGGUCCAUUACUAACAUAUGCCUACUCUGAAUUCAUGAACCCAUGGUUCUUAAGUAGAAGGACAGCAGGAUUAGUGCAAAUCUUUACCUGGCAGUGACUUAUAAGCUGAGUGUCUUUUUUUUUUAAACACACAAAGCCGUUAAAAUGCUUUAAAAACAUGUCAAUCCGUUCUUGAUGGUUGUUUUAUCCAAGGCCAAUCACAAAAUAAGAUUUACGCUUAAGAGAAAUAUCACUCCAUUAAUACUGUUUACUUGGAAGCAGCUUUUUUUGUGCUCAGUUACACAAUUUUAAUCAAUUGGAAGUUAUUUGGGCAUCAUUCAACAACUCCUACUGUCGAAACAAAACAUAAGUAACCUGCAUAAAUGUUUUUGCAUAUGUAAGCAGAUGAGACAACUGAAAGCAGGGUGACUUAAAGUGAGGACCAAAGCCAAUAAUAAUUUAAGCUCAUAACUACAAUUAAAAACAUUACAAUAUCAUUUACAUUCUUGUGGAAAUAGUAUAGUAAGUAACCUGAUUCCAGCCGUAUGUCUUCAAUACCUAAGAAGAACAGCCUACAGAAAGUUAUUUCAUGCUUGAUCCAGAUGUGGUAUUUCUAGCUUCUUAUGGAAUAUCUAAUUGCUACUUCAACACCACUAUCCACAGCACCUAAACAAAUUACAUUUGUGUGACACCAUUAACUUAAUAAAAUAUCCCAAUCUGCCCUACAGGGCACAUAUAAAUGGAUGCCAAGCAGUGGCUCAGAAAUUAGUGAAGAAUGAAACCAAGAGCCUGACUAUUUCUAUCAUUAUGUUACCAAUAUUCUAAUGAAACCUGUUUAUUUUGAAAAAUUAAAUAACACCUUGUACAUAAAA